AUGUCGAUUUCCGUAUUGCGGCUCUCGGCUUGCGGCAUCUUCACGGACACCGAGGGGUCGAGCUGGGCAAAUCGCGGAUGGGCGCUCUGCUCAAGUUGCCUCCGCCCGCGCCGAAGUCGAGGCAUGGCGGCCAGCGUCCCUGCCGGCAGCGAUCCCGGCUGGGAGGGCGUGGUGGACGCGCUGAAUGGAGCUGCCGCGCUGCCGGGGAACUAUCUGCCCGAAGCCGUCAAGGGCUGCGUCAUCGUGCACAGGUCGCACCCCCUGGUCCUCGGGGUGGGGCCAGCGGCGGAGGGCGACGCGCACUUCCAGUGGAACUCGGAGAGCGAGGUGUUCAGCGUGGCGAACACAGGGAGCGACGCGUGCUUCACCUACCUGACGUUCUGCGGGCUCGUGCGCGAUCGGAACGGGGAUCCCUUCGACUCCGGUGUCAACCGCUCUGAGUGUGGCCUGGAGCAGAACGUCACCACCUUUGUGGUCGUGCUGGCGCCCAAGGCCGCGGUGCAGCUUGGGCGCCUCGAGGCCAGAGUCGUCAGGAGCAAUUUCUUCGCGCUCGGGCUCGAGCGGCUCGUUGACCCGCCGCGUACGCUCGGCCUCGCCGACGUGGAGCCGCUCGGCUUCCCAUUGCCCGCCGUUGGCGGCCCGUACCUGUGCACUCAGGGCGUCGGUGGCCACCUGUCCCACUUCUUUCCAGAGAGCUACCACGCCGUCGACCUUCGAUGCGACUGCCACACCCUGGUGCUGAGCGUGGGGCAAGGCGUCGUCAAGGAGGUGCAGGAGUCCCACCACUGCAGCGGCGUGCAUGCGGGCAACCUGGCUCACUGGAACUCCAUUUGCGUGCUUUUGCAGGGCGGCCUGCUGGUGGAGUACCUGCACACGCUGCCCGGUACAGCCAGGGUGAAGGUCGGAGAUAUUGUCAGCCGGGGCCAGGCGCUAUGCGAGACGGGCGACAUCGGCUUCGCGCCGGAGCCCCACCUGCACAUCGAGCUUCACGACGCGUCCGCCGCGGAGGGCCCCUCGGUGCCGCUGGUGUUCGGCCACGAGGCCCGGAGGCCGUUCGUGCCCGUGGCGGGCCGGUGGUACUCGCCGGAGGGGGAGGUGCAGGAGGGCAGAGCGGGUGCUCUCGCCUCUUCGGUGAUGGACCUGGGGGCGGCAGUGCCAGUGGCCAUGAUGCUGGCGCAGCGGCUGGCAAACCUGAGCAUCCCGCAGGCGUCUGCGAGGUGUCUUACAGGCGCCUCCGAGAGGAGUUCCACAGGCAUGUUUCAAACGCCUGCGAGCGUCUUACACGCGUCCUGCAAGCGCCUCAGCGGGGCGCUCCACAGGCGUCUGACAAACGUCUUCCGUGCGCUUCUACGAGGCGUCCGCGAGGUGCCUGUGAGGCGUUUCACAGGCGCGUCUGCGACGCCAGGCGACCCUGCGAAGCGUCUUACAGGCACCUCCAGAGACGUCUUGCAGGCGCUUCUUGGAGGCGUCUUACAGGCGACGUACAGGUGCGUUUGCGAGGCGCGUGCGACGCACCUUACAGGCGUCUUGCAGGCGCCCCUGAUAGGUGCUGUAUAUGCGUAUUGCAAGCGCCUCCGCGAUGCGUGUUUCAAGCGCCUCUGCGAGGCGUCUGACAAGGGCUUCUUAGAGGCGUCUUACAGCAACCUGGGCGACUUCUUCAUCUCGCAAGGCGUUGCCAAGGCAAUAGAGCAGGUCGGUCUGAGCGGGGGCGCCCCAGCCCACUGCGAGUUGGCCGAGAAGGACGGGCACGCCGGGCUCGCCACAGAGCUGGACACAGGAGCCCGAGCUCUCCCGGGCAGGGAAAUUCAGCGCUGUUCUGGUCUGCGGAAGAUUCUGAAGAGCCGCCCCCUGGAGGUCAGUGAUCUCAGCGGCCCUCGGCCCGACGUCUCCGCGCAGGACCCCGGGGCGCUCGGCGGGAACUGCCCCGAGAGGAGCGCGGUCUCCGUCGAUGGGCUUCAUCUACGGCGUCGCCGAUUCAUGAGCGUCGAGUCGCUGGCGCUGCUCGUCAUGUCAUGCCUGUCGCGGAGCGCGCCGGGGGCGUUCUCCAUCGCGGCGCCGGUUGCAAAGCUGUCCUUGGGGAGAUUGGUGGCAGGGCGGCGCAUCUCGCAAUCCCGUGCCCGUGGACAGAUGUCGGAGCAGGGCGCGGCGACUGGGGGCAUGCGUUUGCCGGGCGUUACCCGCGGAUGA